UUGUACUGACUGGGUCUUUAUUUUAUUCAUCCCAAAGCAAUGAAAGGUAAAAUUGACAUCGUUGGGAUUUCGUUUCGGUAAUUAAAGCAAACCAAUGUAUGUUUUAUACAUUCCCCUUUUUUAUAAGUUUUUGUCGGUGAUAUUUCUGGUGUCAGAUAUUCUUUGAUCUCGUCUGAAAUUAAUGAUUUUUCUGGAUGAAUUUCUACUUUUGUAUCAAAACUGAAGGGGAAAGGACUAUUUCGAAGAUAACGAGUGAGAUUAAAUUGUGAGUGAAAUUAUCAGAUGACAUCUGCUUUACAGAAUUUUUACAUAAGCAACGUCAUUAGCAUGGAAAGUAUUUUGAAGACUGAGCAAAGAUGUUAUACAAAACACGUAUAACCCUGUUUCUAUAAAUAUUUACUGAAUUACUGCAAAAUAUAUCUUCUGAACUCUGACAUAUGUAGCAAAAUUUCUCUUCUUUAUUGUCUGGAGUACACAGAAAAUUAUAUUUGCAUAUUAAUUAAUCGUUUAGCAUUAAACCUGGCCGUAUCAGUCCCAAACGUUCAAGCUAUUUUACGUUAAAACUGCCCACAUCUGGCCUCUUCCACUCACCCUGCAAUGUCAUUCUAAACAUAAACAAUCACAUCAUUGAAAUCUUAAAGCAAUAAGAUAAUGAAUGAUUAAUUCAGAAGAAUUUGAAUAAAUAAUCAUUAGAUUUGACAGUGUAAUCUGCGUGUUAAUGAGUUAAAGUAAUUAAGAAGGCAGUUUGCAGCAUCUUCAGAUAUUAACAAAGAUCACUUUUGAUGGAGAUAUAUUAGUAGAAAUAUUUGAUAUGAGCAAUAUACGAGAAGAAGGAAAACCUUUGUGUACUGUGACGAGAGAAAGGAAAAUCAUGGAAAAGGAAUUUUGUGAAAGAACUGAUUUUUCUGAUGAUGUAAACAAAGAAAAGGGCAAAAUAUCAUAUGAUUGUGAUAUUUGUGGUAAAUUCUUCUCUAGGAAAGCUAGCUUACUCAUUCACAAACGCAUUCAUACAGGAGAGAAGCCAUAUCAUUGUGAUAUCUGUGGUAAGUCCUUCUCCCAGACUGGUUCUAUAAUUAUUCACAAGCGUAAUGUUCACACAGGAGAGAAACCAUAUUGCUGUGAAAUCUGUGGUAAAUCAUUCUCACAAGGUAAUGACCUGACUAAGCACAGAUGCGUUCAUACAGGUGAAAAGCCAUAUCACUGUGUUACCUGUGGUAGAUCGUUCUUUCGAAAUCAUGUCUUGGCUAGGCACAGACGCAUUCAUACAGGAGAGAAGCCAUAUCAUUGUGAUAUCUGUGGUAAGUCCUUCGCUCAGACUAGUUCCGUGACUAUCCACAAGCGUAACGUUCACACAGGAGAAAGACCAUAUCGCUGUGAAAUCUGUGGUACAUCAUUCUCUCGAAAUAAUGGCUUGACUAGGCACAGACUUAUUCAUACAGGAGAGAAGCCAUAUCACUGUGAUAUUUGUGGUAAAACAUUCACUCAAAAUAAUGGUUUGACUAGGCACAGACGCAUUCAUACAGGAGAGAAGCCAUAUCACUGUGAUAUCUGUGGAAAAUCAUUCUCUGAAACUAGUCCCUUAAGUAUUCACAAGUGUGUUGUUCACACAGGAGAAGAACUAUAUAACUGUGAAUUCUGUGGUAAAUCAUUCUCUCAAAAUAAUGACUUGGUUAAUCACAAACGCAUUCAUACAGGAGUGAAACCAUAUCACUGUUAUAUUUGUGGUAAAUCAUUCUGUGAAGAUAUAAACUUAACUAAUCACAUACGUAUUCACACAGGUGAGAAGCCAUAUCAGUGCGAUAUCUGUGGUAAAUCAUUCUCUCACGGACCCAAUUUAGCUGUUCACAAACAUGUUCAUUCAAGUGUGAAGCCAUAUCACUGUGAAAUCUGUGGUAAAUCCUUCUCUCGAAACGAUUACUUAACUUGCCAUAAGCGUGUUCAUACAGGAGAUAAGCCAUAUCACUGUGAUAUCUGUGGUAAAUCCUUCUCUCAAGAUAAUCACUUAACUAAGCACAAACGCAUUCAUACAGGUGAGAAGCCAUAUCACUGUGAAAUCUGUGGUAAAUCAUUCUCUCAAAAUGAACAGUUACCUAAGCAUAUGCGUGUUCAUACAGGAGAAAAGCCAUAUCACUGUGAAAUCUGUGGUAAAUCAUUCUCUCAAAAUGAACAGUUACCUAAGCAUAUGCGUGUUCAUACAGGAGAAAAGCCAUAUCACUGUGAAAUCUGUGGUAAAUCUUUCUCUCGAAUUUAUAACUUAACUCGUCACAAACGUACUCACACAGGUGAAAUGGCAUAUUGAUUAUAUCACAAAUUCUGAAUGUAAACUUUGAAUUACCAAAAAUCCACGAGAUCCAGAUAAUUAACAAAGCCUGCAAACAAUCACCUGACAUAUACAUUAAUGUCCAAGUACCCCAUGAUUGAAAACUUCUAGCUGGACCAGCAAGUGAAACCCACCCCUUAAGCAAUUUUAUCAACAUCCUACUGAAACCCCUUUUAAAAUGUAAAUGCUUCAUUACAGAUUACCUUGAUAUGCUAAACCACCUACCAGAAACAAUCGAUGAAGGGGCAGUCAUGGCUUCCUUCAAUGUUAUAAACCUGGACACUAAUAUCCCAUAUAAAUAUGGAAUACAAGCAAUUAAAUUCUGGCUGGAAAACUGUCCAGAAGAACUUCCAGAGUGUGUGAAUCAGGAGUUUGUUAUGGAAGCUUUAAAAUUUAUCCUUCAGAGCAGUUAGUUUUUAUUUGGUACCACUUCCUACUGACAAAGAUGUGGAAUUGUGAUGGGAAUAAAACCAGCCCCAGUUCUUGUGAAGCUUUUAACCCUUUUGUUACCAA